UGAAUGACUGCGGCCUGCGGGACCCACUCGCACAACAUGCGAGGCAUAUCUGGCUGAGACUGACUGACUGCACUGUGAUUGCGAUUGUCAGUGUGUGUGUGACGCGCCUGAGGUCAAGGCUGAGCUGAGCAGAGCUAAGUGAGUGUGACUGCACUGUGAAGCUCGAAAGUGGCCUGGAACGCGAACGAAUCGAAUCGCAGGCUAUAAAGUGGAACCAAGUUGGGAGUGGAACUAAAACUUAAAAGCAGUCAAGUAGUGCCACCGCGCCGCUCCAUCGCUAUCUGGCGGCAGAGCCAGAGUUCGGAGCUCAUCAUUCAUCAAUUUAAUUUUGGACCCGACGGCCGACCUAUUUCGGGGAAGUUUCUUUUUAAUACCCCAGCCACACCACGGCCGGGCCAGGCCAGGGGCCCGUUGCAUUUCCAAACAACGCUGUCAAUCUUGACUAAAUCGGAGAUAGUGAGCUACAGCCUGCAUGUUAUAACAGUUACUUAUAGCUUGAACCAUGGACGGUAAUUACCCACCAGAUUUCUACUGCCCAGAAAGGAACCAACAAGAAAGACAUUCCCAGCAACAUCAGCAACAUGUUACUCCCUACCCCAUGGAUCUACCAUACCACCCAACCUCACAACAUCAGCCUGAGUUUGCCGUAGAUCAACCUCUCCGAGCAUUCCCUGCUCCACACACUGGCCCUGGACUUUCAAUGCUGAGCUCAAUAUACCAUGAUUCAAAUACAGUGCCUCCGAAUGCAAGAACUGGUAGCAUGCAGGAAGUUCAUAAUGAGCUGCCAGCCAGAGGUCAAAAGGUCAAAUCAACAACUCAAUCAGCAAUGUAUGCCCCACUUCUUGCUAGAGCUCUUCAAGGAAACACAACACAAGUUGAAACACCCAAUCCACCACCAGCUCCUUCUAAGAAAGUCAAGUUGAAGAAGCAGAGUAAGGCAGAAGGGCCACAAGUGGAAUCGUCAUCAACCCCAGAACUACCGCAGAGUCUCACUUUUAAAUGUUCACCUGAAGGUUGGGUUGAGGGCGUCCUUGCCAAGGGGAGGCUAGAGAAGGGUUCUGAGUUUGGACCGUACACAGGAUCGUUGAUGAGUGAAGAGCAAGGUUUAAUGAAGGAAUCAACAUGGGAGGUUUGCGUUUCUGGUCAAGUAUUCUUCUACCUCGAUGGACAUAACACCUGGAUGUCUCAAGUGAGAUGUGCACAGAGUGAAGAAGAACAGAACAUAGAAGCCUAUCAAUUCUAUGGUGAAAUCUACUUCAAAAGCACAAGGGUUAUUGAAGCCGGAAGUGAACUCAAAGUCUUCUACAGCCCAGAGUAUGCCAAGCGUGUCGGAGUGGAUACUAAAUUGAAUGAACUCCGAUUUAACAAGGAUGCACAGAAAUUUCAAUGCAACUUAUGCAAGGAUUCGUUCACAUCAGCCAAACUAGUCCUUAGACACAUGCGAUAUGAACACUCCCGUGUACCAAGAGUAGAACUGUUCCCUGUAGUAAUUUGGAAAAAGAGGAAGCACAAGCCAUCUGAACCUCGGAUCAAAUUCCGAAAAGAUUCAACAGUCAAUAAUGCUAGCAAGGAGGGAGAUGCUGACUUCAGUUGUGGAACUUGUGAGAAGUCUUUUUCAAAUAUCGUCAAGCUCAGGGAGCACGAGUCAUUUCACAAAAUUAACGAGGGUCACGUGUGUACCGUUUGUGACAAGAAGGAAACAAAUUUCUGGACGCUUGCGAAACACAUGAAGACGCACGAAAGGGAGGGGGUGAAGUUCAAGUGCAAAGAAUGUCAUAAAAGUUACAACAGGAAGUAUGAAUUGCAGCUGCACAUGAGUGACGCCCAUGGUCAUUAUUGUCGCAUCUGUUUGGACAAGCUGACACCUUGUGAGAAACAUAAGAAAACACAGCAAGCUUCAACCAAGAAUGGACCACACACAGAAAAGACAAUAGUAGUGUCUUCGACCCCUGAAGAACCCAAGGAUAUGCUUGGUAAAACUCCCAAUUACUAUGAACGUCGUUUCAAGUGUCGGUAUUGUCCAAAUCGUUUCCAGAACCGCUAUUGUGUCAAGCAACAUGAGAAGGAGCACCACACUGGCGAUCACUUCUUCAAGUGCCCUCAUUGUGAAAAGGUUUUUGCUCGGGAGCACCGGCUUAUAGAUCACAUGCGAUACCAUGAGGAGAAUCGUAUGUAUCGCUGCACUCUCUGUCCCAGAACCUUUGCGUCGGAGAGCGCCCUCAACAAUCACCAAGGUGAACACAAUGGAUUGAAACCAUUCAAGUGUGAAAUCUGUGGCCGUGGAUUCCGACAAAAGGGUGUUUAUCGCGCUCACAAGCGCCGUAUGCAUCAGGAGAACCCUUUGCGUUUCUUUUGCUCCGUAUGCAACAAAGGAUUUUCAAACAAAGGAAAUUUCAACAUUCACGAACGUCGCCAUAAGGGCAUCCGCCCAUUUGCCUGCUUAGAAUGUGGGAAAAGUUUCACAGCAAAGCAUUGUCUCAACACUCACAUAAAGGCAGUGCAUACAGAGGAGAAAGCGUUUUCUUGUAACAUUUGUGGAAAGACCUUUUCAUUAAAUCAGAACUAUACAUAUCACAUGAUGCAACAUAAAGAACGGGGGGAUGUAAGCAGUGCAAAAAAAUAGAUACAUAUAGGCCCCAAUUCUGAAAUCCAGGGACCCAUCUUACAACGAUAUGAUUGAUCCAAUCAACCUCAACUAGUUUUUUUUGUACCGGAAAUUUGCACAAUGUAAUUUUUAAGCAAAGAGAAGCCUACUGAAUAUUCAAGAAAACAAUGGAUGUAUGAAUAUACGAUGCCUUAAACGAUACAGAAUUUCAUUGCCGAUCCGAUGUGCGGAUAUUUUUCUUCCCUGUAUCUGUAAAUACCGAUACCAUCCGAUAUACAGAACUAAAGUUACAGAUACGGUAAUGCAAACAUUUGUCAGCAUGGCCGCUAUAGCUACACUAUUAAUGCAUGACAUGUAUUGUAAACAGCCUCCCACUCAGUCCGAACAGCCCGAAUUCAAGGUAAAAAGUUUAAAAACCUCAACAAAAGUACAAAAGCCAAAAUUUACCUUGUUUUUUCUGAGGCAGUUGUAUCAACUUGUUUUUUAUCAUUGUUACUUUGAGAGGCUAGUUAUUAAGACAGGAAAAAUGUGUAUGGUGAGGUAGAGGUACGGUACCGGUACGGAACAUGGAAGUGCCAUGACAUGUUUGGAACAGUGUAUGAAAGCUUUAGGUCCGAAAAUGGCGUGUACAUUAGUGCCAAUUUGGAAAUGACAAUAUUUUUAGGGGGGGGGGAAUCUAAAAUGUGAACGAAUGAUUAAAAUAUAUUGAAAUAUUUUCUGGUCAGUAAAUAAAUAUUACUAUUAUUUAUCUGUAUCUUUCAUCAACUAAAAAAAAAUCUUUAAUCUUAUUUUUAUCCAAUCUGCAAUCAUCUCAUUCAUCUGUAAAUUGACACACUCGAAAUAGUCUGCUUACUUCAGUCGGUCUAUUUCAAGUUUUAGCGUGCAUCUUCAGAAAAGUUUGGAGACAAUCGCAAAUUUAAUAGAAGUUUACAGGAAAUUUAACUUCAUGUAGUACCAAAACUAUAGCCAUACUAUCAUUAUUCAUCAAAUAAGGUCCACAUAUUCUUAUAUUGAUUGAAGAAAAACAGAGAAAAUUCAGAAAAACUUGUUCACGGCCAGCCACAGCACGAUACACUUUACGGUUACGCAUUGGCCAUUCAUAAAAAAGAAUGCAGAUACUGAUGUUUUGCCAAUGCGGCCAAAUAUCGGCCCGAUACAAUUAUCGGUUAAGGCCUAGAAUAUACAUCAUAUCUACAAAAUAUUACAACAAACGUGCAUUUUAGGUGUUGACGUUGCUGGCUGUCCAUAGAUGUGGUUGAUUGGAUCAAUCGUAUAAAGUAUAAACUCUUUGUAAGACGGGCCCAGUUUAACUUAGACCAUGGUCUCGGUCUGUGCCAAAAUUAUUGGAAUCCAAAACUGUCAGAAAUUUUGUUUACAGUGUAUAUUUCCUAUGUUUACUGUAGUCAUUCCUCAUUUGAUGGUGAUGGCCACUGUGUUAUUCAUCACUCCCAAACAGGUAUGAGUGAUUUGGGCAUCAGAUGAGCCAACAAAUUGAACCUCCACUGUUAAAGGGGAAUGAAGCCUUUGGAACAAGUAGGCGUGUGUCAAAACAGAAAAAUCAAAGAAUGAGAACAAAGAAAGUUUGAGAAAAAUCGGACAAAUAAUGAUAAAGUUAUGAGCAUUUGAAUAUUGCAAUUACUAAUGCUAUGGAGAUCCUCCUAUUGGCAAUGCAACAAGGAUGUGUGAUGUCACAUGUGAACAACUUUCCCUUUGAUGGACUAUAAAAUACCCUCAAAAUGUCUCUUUUUGCUCUUUCUUAUUGUGAUUCAAACUCCUUAUCCAUGAUGUAUUCUUUGAAAAUCUGUAUUACAUACCCUCCUCUAGAAAGAACACAUGAUCUACUGAUAGAUGUGAUAAAAGAGGCAAUUUAAGUGAAAUAUAUACUAAAGUAAUGGGGAGAGUUGUUCACAAGUGACAUCACACAUCUUUGUCGCCUUGUCAAUUUGAGGAUCUCCAUAGCAUUAGUGAUCGCAAUAUUCAAAUGCUCAUAACUUUCUCAUUAUUUGUACGAUUUUUCUCAAACUUUCGUUGAUCUGUUUCUUUGAUUUUUCUGUUUUCACAAAAGCUAUCUUGUUCCAAAGGUUUCAUUCUCCUUUAAAGAUGUUUGUCACAAUUUCAACUUUAGAAUAGAUUAUACAAUUAACCAGAGUUCAUAAUACAGACCUAUGGAAGUAAGGUUGCCAUGUAUAAGGACUGCUUAAUUUUUUUAAAUUCAAUUAUUGUCAUAUUUAAGGUGGCUUUAUGAGGCACAUUUUACCCAAGCUAUUGCUAGUACUUGGUGCUGUAUAUAGAGAUCAUGAACAGGAUGAUUACAAGUUGCAAAUAGAACAAAUGUGGCUGUGCCGAUACCUACUGCUAAAAUAUGAAGUGCUCAAUGAAUGAAGUUAAGCAGGAAUUUUUCAAUCUCUAAUGACCCUCAAUUUUGCAUACAUUUUCUCUCUAUAUCACUAUUUAUUGUAACCAUAUCAUGGUAGAUCUAGAUCUAGAUUUUCUUUUUUGCUCAUAAAUCUAUUAUUUAUCUAUGUGAAAUUAUGAAAUCUAAGCUAUAGAAAUUGCUGCACUGAAGAUCACCAAAACAAAUAAAAUGUGUAGUGCCAUUUUCAGUAUUGCUUAGAAAAAAAGUGCAACAUCUGCCUUGAAGAGCAUGCUUGUUUUGUUGAAUACUGAGUAAUGACACAUUUACUACCAGAAUUUAUUCAUACAUACAAACAUUUGGAUGUCAUUCAAUUCAGUGGAUUGUGAUCAAACUCAUGCUCAAAUAGUUACCGCAAAGGGCAUUUGUAUUGAUCUUUUCCUGUUAGACUGUCCCCCACAUAAACGAACGUUAAAGUGCAAAUGUUAUAAUCUCUGCUCAACCCUCAAUUUACAUGUCUAGGCAUUGUAUUUUUUAACAUUUGUACAUCUUCAAUUUUCAACUCAUGCCAUGUUAUUUUAUAUUCCCUUUUUACAGUGAUGUAUAUAUCAUCUACAUAAUCUAUUUAUAUUCAUUGUUCAUAAUAAAGAACAAGAAAAAUUAGGGUUUGAAUGAAAUUGAUAACAGUUGAACCAGGUUACUUGUAAAAUAAUCAAGAAAUACCCUUACUGCCACCCCUCCGUCUAGAGAGGGGGUAACUGAGGUGACAUGACAUUUCCUCCGGCGACAAUUGCUCCGGGCUUUAGCAUUAGGGUUGGGGUCGCAAUAGGGUGUUUGUUAGAUUUAGGAUAGGAUAAAGUGUUAAAUCCUUGGUUGAAGUUGGUCAGUCCAUUCAUGUGGGGAAUUUGCAUCGGAGCAAUUUUCGCCAGAGCAAAUGUCAUGGAACCAAAAAUUUCGCUUUUUUAUUAUGGAAUAUUAGUUCACUUGAAUGGUAGACUCUUGUCCAUGAGAAUUAUGUAGAUUUGAAUGUCAGAAUUUUGUUUUUUGUAGUAUAAAGAAAGCAAAUUUUGUUACAGAUCA